UGAGAAAUUACGGUGCUGCUGUUCGUCCGACUUCGAGCUAAUCCUUCAUCAAAGACGAAGUGGUCAGAACGCAGUUUGGAGGAAUAGCAGACGACACUCUCCACGUGUUCUCCUCAAUCUACUCACGCCACAGUUCUGCGAGUCGCAGUGGGUUUGCGAGCGUCGUUGGAGAAUGUUGUAAAAGGACAGCGAGGGCGCAGUGGUGGACUGGGAAUACACCAUCCUUGAAUUUCUUACUACACGCUUACGAGGAACUACACAUCAAACAAUUGUAUGUGUCCACAAAGACAAUGCACAUGCUGUGUGCAAUUAUGAUUGUAUCAUGUAUCACGUCAGCAUACCUUCACGAUGAGCAACAAACUGGUGUGGUGCUUUCUGGAUAUCUUUAAAAUUACUACAGAGAAUCUGAUUCACACAAAAUGCGCCUCACAGCAGUCAUGACGACAACAUUUUGUGUGACGUCAAAACACAAUGUAUCCAUGGUGACAAACCACAUCCUUCUGGACGUUUCUCGAAACGAAAAUGUCGGUGUUGGUACAAAAAAUCUGUGUUCUGUACGCCAUCAUUUAUUCACUGUCUCUCAGUGCAGCUACAGUCAAAGCAAGUGCUGCUUCCAAAGUCGACCUACCAGCCGUAGGACAGUCACACUACCUAGGCUGUUGGCAAGACGCCGAUGAAGGUAAGGACAAGCAUCGCGCCACUGUGGCCAGAGACCUGACCGUCAAUGUGGUCACGUGCAUCCCGAUGUGCUGGAACCUUCGCCACCUCUACGCCCUGCUAAAGAAUGGGAGAGAGUGCAUCUGCACCUCCAGCAUGAACUCGCUGCAACCGUCCUACACCACGAAGUGCACCAUGCAAUGCGCGGGAAACAACGCCUACCCGUGUGGCUCCCAGGACCACGUGUCGGCGUUUCACACAGGGUAUAUACCUGAGCCAGAUUACACAAUUAUGUUGGAGAGCAUCCCCGAUGCAUUGAUGGGGUGCUACACGGACUACAACAAGAAGUUCUGUCGUGAUGCCUCAAGCUUUGAGACUCCGCGCCUCAGCGUGGGUAUGUGCAUGAGCAUGUGCGAGGAGCAUCUGGCCCUCUACGCGGGUCUGCAGGCAGGGACAAAGUGCUGCUGUAACUCCUCUGUCGAUGGCACGGUCUUGGUAGAGCCUGACGCCUGCUUCCGCACCUGUGGAGACGGGCAACCCUUCAAGUGUGGGGGCGGCAACUUCCACUUGUCGAUUUAUCGCACAGGUAUCACAGUAAAGAGGCCAAUCAUUAGCUCCUUUGAAAAACUUGUAUGGAUGAACAGUCAUAUUUCCAAAACGCUUUUGAACGAAAUACAAGCCUACCCCAAAAACAAGAAGGCAGUUAAAGACAUCGAACCCCCAGCCAAGUCGCUGGCAGAGGAAAUUGCAGAGGACCGAGAGAAGCUGAACAAGAACGCGAUGGUGGCCUUCUGGGUGUUGGUCAGCCUGGUGGUGACUGCGGUCAUUGUCACCGCAGCCUGCUGCGUGUGCCGCUACGCAUUGCCGCCCAACAGGUCUUCGGGCUACCAGACGGCAGCUACUACCUGACCUGUCCGACUACAACAGCAACACCCGCAGAACGUUCUAGUCCUGUGGACAGCUGGCACAAAAGACCACCCCUCUUUAAAAAAAAAAAAUCGAAAACAAUUCG